AUGUCCGAAACAACCUCAAUGGAAUUUAAAACAUUUCUCAGACAAAUACAAAAACAAUAUUUGUGCUGUUAUCCCUUGCAUUGCAUAGAAUGGGAAGCCUUCCCCAAAGAUAUGACCUGGGAUCAACAGAAGGAUCUAAUAGAUGCCACCUACAAUACAGCGCUAAAUCAACAGCUACCCAUUAAAAUUGCCUACCAAUUGAAUUUUCUCAAGAAGUUGAUAGCAUUUUUGGAACAAACUACCUCAGAAGUCCAUGACACCGUCUAUGAGAGUUAUUGUGAUGUCCAACUGCGGGUUGCCGAAGAUAGUACACAAAAAUAUGCAUUUAAACAUUAUCUACUGGACGAUGAGAUUCACUUUACGCUACGGGAAUCAAAAAGUUUUGUGGCCGAAGGCACUACAGGCCUUUGCAGUUGGCAAGCGUCGCUGGCAUUAUCCGAUUUUAUGUUACACCAUCGGGAUUUAUUGGAAAAUAAACGAAUUCUUGAAUUGGGAGCUGGUACGGGUCUAUGUGGUUUUAUACUAUUUAAAAUGUGUAAACCCCAACAGAUCAUGAUU